AUGGCAGAAGUUAAAGGUGCUCUUGAAGCUCUUGACAAGAUGAACAUUGGCAAGAAAGAGCAAAAUAAUGUUGAAUUAAGUCAGACAGAUUCCAUUGAAAAUCCUUUAGAAAAAAAAGAUAUUAUUAAACAGUUAGAUAAUAGUGGUAAAAAUGAUGAAAAUAAAAUAACAAUAAGUUUAGAAAGUUUUACUGAUUCACAAGAUUCUCUGGAAUGUGAAAAAAAAGUCCCUGUAGAAGACAAAAUAUAUGACUUUGAUGAAAAGAAACAUGGUGUAAGAAUGACAGAAGCCUUUUUAAUGAAACAUUGUAAAGAACACAAUCUCUAUCAUACUCCAUAUCUUAAUGAUGUUCUGUAUCUUCACUACAAAGGAUUUUCUUUCAUUGAAAAUCUAGUGAAAUACACUGGCCUGAAGUGCCUUUGGUUGGAAAAUAAUGGUAUUCGUGAGAUUGCAAACUUGGAUAAUCAGAUUGAAUUAAAAUGUCUUUAUCUGCAUCACAAUUUGAUUGGUAAGAUUGAAAAUCUGGAAUGUUUGAUGAAACUCGAUACUCUCAAUUUAUCCCACAAUAUGAUCAAGAAAAUUGAAAAUCUUGAUAGUUUAAAACUGUUAAAUACUUUAAAUAUAUCUCACAACUUUUUACAACAUGUGGAAGACAUUGAUCAUCUAAAAUACCUAGAAAACCUUUCCAUCUUAGAUAUUUCACAUAAUCGUUUAGAAGCUGCAGCAAUAAUUGAGGUAUUUGCUUCUAUGAAAUCUCUGCGUGUAUUGACACUAAUGGGUAAUCCAGUACUAAGAUCUAUUCAAGUAUACCGGAAAACAAUGAUAUUAAAAUGUAAAAAUCUUCGAUACCUGGAUGAUCGACCAGUAUUUCCUCUAGAACGGGCUUGUGCUCAAGCUUGGGAACGUGGUGGCAAUGAAGAAGAAAUGGCUGAACGAAAAAGGUGGCAAGAAGCAGAGCAGCAAAAAAUUCAUGAUAGUGUUUUUAGACUAUUAAAAAUAAGGAAAGAGCAUGAAAAUAGAAGCAAAGAAACUUUAACACAAUUAUCAGAGGAUGAAUCAUUAACUGAAAAAAAUGAUCAAGAUGCAGAACUAGAAAAUAUUGAUGAAUCAUCAGGAGAUUCAGAAAUCUUUAGAAUAUUUCAUUCCUCUUCUGAUGAAGAUUUUACUCAAAAAAUAGAUGAAGAGAUAAUCGAGGAAGAAGGAAAAAAUAUUUUAGAUUUGAGUGUCUUAAGAAAGAUUCCUCUAUCAAUGGGUUUUGAAAUGCCAAGGAAGCCUCUAAUAGAUGUGACAGAUUCUACAAAAAAUAAUAAUUAUCAUGAAAAUACAUCAAACGUGACGGAUAAAAUUCUAGAAAAAUCUGGUAUGGAAAUAGAAGAAGUUAAAGGGAGUGAAGAUAUUGACAACGAGGAAAACUUUUUAGUGAAAGUUGAAGUACCAAAAAGGCCGUUGAUAGAAGUAAUCGAAAGUAAAGAUAAUGAAGAUGCUUUAAGAUCUGAAAUAUCUGAAAUAACACAAAAUAAAAGUAUAUCACAGUCAUUAGAAAUGCAGGUAGCACAAAGUAAAUAA